AUGUUUACAGCAUUAAGCUCGUCUCUAACCAAAGAUCUGGAAAAACUGUCACCCCUCCAGGCCGUUGCUGAGCUCUGUGGCCAUGAUUUGUGGUCAGACCAAUCAAUUGAAGCACAACGAGCAGAACGAUGGAAAUUAGCAGAGUCGUUUUUAGGUCUCGAACGCUUAUUUGAUGAUAAUGAAGGAUGGAAUGAAAAUGGAAUGAUGGCAAAACUAUAA